GUACUGUACAUACUAUAAUUCAUCAAGUAUUUCGGGGAAAAAAAGGAUCGCGUUAAAAACGCACCGUGUACCUUUUGAAGAUUGAGAUAUCUGCUGCCACUCUGACCUGACCUAACCUACCUUAGGUACCUACCUGAAGACCUGAAGACCUGAGGACUUACAGGAGCUAAAUCGAAUCUGGAAUAAUGCCCCCAAAGCAAUCUACGGGUAAGAUGCCCGGCCGUGGGACUUCCGGACCGUCUACUAAGAACCGGGCAUCGGGCUCUUCUUCUUCUUCUGCAUUUGGUUCGCGAGCGCACAGUCACAAGCAAAAGCAAGCUCAAGCUCAAGCUCAAGCUCAGGCGCAGGCGCAAACCGCGACUUCGGACGCGAGCGACGCGGAUCCGUUCGCGGAGGAGGGAGAAGGGAACAACAGAAGGGGAGGACGACGACGGGAUGAUACGAUGGAGGUAGACGACGAGGAAGAAGCGGAAGCGGAACUGGAACUGGAGGAGAGGAAGACGAUACCGCCGGAGCUCCUGACGCACGUGCUGCACCAGUUCUUCGAGAAGGACGGGACGCGGGUGUCGAAGGACGCGAACGCCGCCAUCGCCAAGUACAUGGACAUCUUCGUGCGGGAGGCGAUCGCGCGGACGGUGGUGGAGAAGGAGAAGGGGUUUUUGGAGGUCGAGGAUCUGGAGAAGAUUGCGCCGCAGCUGCUGCUUGAUCUAUAAGAAAGAUAAACUUGCGGGCAAGGCGGCUUUCUGGGCGCGUUACCUCGAAUCUGUGUACUACGCAGGUACGCUUCUGGCGGUAUCGGCAGUGUGUUGUUGAUUCAACGCAUAUGAUCUAUGACGGGGUCGGAAUCAUGAUCAACGAUAGUGGAGCGAGGGAGGCACUGUCAAGUAGGUAUACUUGAGCGAAUCGACCCUCCACAUCGAUCUACGAAGCCGCCGUCACAAAGAACUUGGCGUUUCCCUUGCUAGCUGAGUACCUCAGGUAGUUUCUCGGGAGGGAGGGUUGGUUGAGCACUAUGUUCUUGAAGCCUAAUGGGCUAACCUAGAAACAUAACUGUGUUUGGUGUUUGAGGAUUCAGAUUCUGGUCAACCGCUCUGUUGAAACGGCAUCGUCCUUUACGGUCUAGGGUCCUUUUCCCUCAACUUACCUCCCGGGUGAUAUCAAUCAGUCUACCGAUUCUAGAAUUUUCUUACUAAGGGACAUAAGAUCAAGGGCAGUGUGGUUAUGGAUUCGGAUUGAUACCGAAAUUGAAACCAUCCAGCCUACGAAAUGAUGAAUAUCAAAACAAAAAAUACAGUUCGUUUCG